AUGAAGUUGAACAUGAGCAUGUUCAAGAACGGCACGCGUAUAACCUCGGUCAACCAGAGUGGCAUCAGCAAAAACAGAAACUGGGCCACCGUCCUAUACACGAGAGAAAAGAAAGCCACGAGUCCGCAACAGCCAAAGUCUGCUUCGAGUUCCUGGAUAAGACCGGUCAGCUUUAGCUCAGUCGUCAAGGAGCUACACCCUGAGCUACUAUUGCCCGUGUGUGUGUUCUACCUGAUACUGCGUGGCCUUGAUACCAUUGAGGACGAUACCUCGAUCCCUCUCGACACAAAGGAGCCGCUUCUUCGAGACUUUAAAGAUUACCUGGAUCAGGAUGGCUGGACCUUUACCGGUAAUCGCCCGGAAGAAAAGGACCGCCAAUUAUUGGUGCAGUUCGACAACGUCAUUACCGAGUUUAGGAAUACGAAACCAGCCUACCAAGCAAUCAUCACGGACAUUACCGAUAAAAUGGGAAAUGGCAUGGCCGAUUUCGCGCGAAAGGCGGCCUCCGGGGAUGCCGGCGUCAACACUGUCGAAGAGUACGACCUCUAUUGCUGGUACGUGGCUGGUAUCGUCGGCGAGGGUGUGACUCGCCUCUUCGUCGAGGCCGGGCUGGGUGAGGGAACCUUGAUCGACCAUGUCCAUCUUUACAAGUCGAUGGGUCUCUUGCUGCAGAAGAACAACAUCAUUCGCGACGUCCGUGAAGAUCAUGAUGACGGCCGCCGUUUCUGGCCCAAAGAGAUUUGGUCAAAGCACGUCGAUAACUUUGAAGACCUGUUCGAACCUGAGAAUCUCGAGCUUGCCCUCAACUGCAGCUCCGAGAUGGUCUUGAAUGCUCUGGGGCAUGCGAACGACUGCUUGUCGUAUCUUGUUGGCUUGCGCGAGCAGAGCGUGUUCAACUUUUGUGCCAUUCCCCAAUCCAUGGCCAUGGCCACGCUGGAGUUGUGUUUCCGUAAUCCAGCCAUCUUCCAACGAAACAUCAGAAUUACCAAGGGAGACGCGUUCCAGCUGAUGGUCGAGUCCAGCCAAGAUCUUGAGAGAGUGUGUGAGGUCUUUUGUCGUUAUGUCCACCGAAUUCAACAAAAGAAUAACCCCAAUGACCCCAAUUUCUUGAAGAUCAGCAUUGCUUGCGAACAGAUUGAGAGAUUUGCUCAAGAUCUGGCACCACAAUGCGUCAAAGUUGCCAAGGGGAAGACUUUGGCCGCCGACAAGGGGCAAGUUCAGCAUCAGGCCGGCUUCAAUGAAGAAAUUCGGUCCACUACUGGACGAGUGCUUGCCGUUUCAGCAGCCAUCUCAAUAUUGGUAGUAGGAGCCGCCUGGCUCCUGGAAGCCCGCUUUAAUGUUGCCUGA